UGGUGGGAGGGGCACUUCAAUGUAAGCUGUAUAAAUUAAUAUGCAUACGUAUUCCUUUUGCCAUUACGUAACAGUACAGACAUUUCCUCAGACAGAGAUUCGACUUGCGCAGCAUUUUUUAAGACAGCAAGGAAGCAGGUGCCACAAUAUGAUCUGAGAAGACACUAGUCCAUCGGAAGAAAAUACAUUGCUGCAGGAUUCUGGCUCUUCAAGCACCAAAAAAGGUUAGUAAACCAAGAAUGGUCCAAUAACGUCUGGAGACUGCACUGUAGGGUGAUGGGGGAUGUGCUAAGGAGCACGAAAUGGAUAUCACUAGAAAUUCUUACAGCACAUGGACUAUACCUUUAAGAGACACAAUGGACAAUGUUACCGCACACACUGAAAACGCCACGGGGGGCAGUUCCCCCAUCUGCACUAUGGAUGAAGCAACGCUUAAAUACUUCUUUGCAUUUUUCUACUCUGUUAUUUUUAUUAUUGGACUGAUGGGCAACGGUUUGGCACUGUAUGUGUUUUUAUGCAUACAUAGUAAGAGAAACUCUGUGCAAGUGUAUCUCCUAAACGCCGCCAUUGCGGACCUUCUCCUGAUUGUCUGCCUUCCUUUUCGGAUAAUGUACCACCUCUCAGAAGAGUGGAAAAUGGGCAUCGUUUUCUGCAAGGUCAUUGGCAACCUAUUUUACAUGAACAUGUACAUCAGCAUUGUGCUCUUGGGCCUCAUCAGUAUGGACCGUUACAUUAAAGUGAAAAAAUCUCAGCGGCGGCGCGGUGUGUCGAAAAGGAAAUGCAGCAUCCAGAUCUGCUGCUGCCUAUGGGUGGCUGCAGUUUUGUCGGGGAUGUUCCUCAUCGCUACGCAAUCUAUAAGAGAACAAUCAGCUCCCAAUAUGUGUUUCCACUAUACGCAUCGGAAAGACCAAAUCUGGCAAGCAGCGUUUAAUUACUUUGUGGUCCUCAUCUUCUGGAUCGUUUUUGUGUUCAUGAUAUUAUCCUACGUAAAAAUAGGAAAAACCCUUCAAAGGAUCUCCAGGGAGCGUGCCUACAUACCAAAUGCUGGGAAGUACAAUACUACAGCGUACAAGUCCUUCGUUGUGCUCUUAAUCUUCACCGUCUGCUUUGUGCCUUAUCACGCGUUCAGAAUUAUGUACAUCGCGACCCAACUGAACACGCUCUCCUGUUACUGGGUGGAUAAAGUUCACAAGACAAACGAAAUCACUCUGAUGUUGUCUGCCCUGAACAGCUGUCUGGACCCCAUUAUGUACUUUCUACUGUCCAACAGUGUCCGGAGGACAAUGACCCGACUCAUCUGCAGAACCAGCCGAGAUAGCAGCAGAAGUGAAAGCAACACAUCAGAUCUUCACCCAGGACACACUCUACCUGACAGUAUGAACAAUGUGUAUUCCCAGACUCCUACGCCACUAAAUAAUAGAAGGAUCAGAAUUAUUGUAAGUGAAGACUUGUAGAAUAGCACUAGCAGUAAAGAGGAGCUGUCCCCCCUCUUACUACCUGCAUCCCCCAUGCAAUAACCUUUCUGGAGCAUCUAUCUUUAGGACUCUGUUGUAUUCCUUUAUUAUAUCAUCAAGAGGUUAUGAAUGAAUUACUAGCGGUUUGCAGUGAAGGUCCAUAAGGGUGUUAUCAGUUGCACAGUGACUUCUUAUUCACACGUCCGUGAACCACAGAAUUCCAUGCUCACCAUGGACAGCAAAGUUUUCAUUCACAGCGAUUAUCCACUGACCAUGGGACAGUUUAAAAACCAUGGAGGCAUGCUCUACUUUGGUCCAUAAUGUGGACCAAAUGCCCACUGAACUCUAUGGGUCCGUAAAAACCACUGGCACAACAGUUAUGGUAUUAGUGUUCUGUCAGUGGUUUUUCACGGACCAUUGGUAGGAGAUGCCCUGGAAAUGGAAUUUUCAACCUAGCAGUGUACAUGGAAUAUGGAUGAUACGUAGAAUGUAAAAAAAAAAUGGACACACUGACAAAACACGGAUUCUUCACGGAUGAACCACUGACCGUCUCGUCACAGAUGUCAUCACGGACGUGUUAAUAAGGCCUAGCACUGGCAGCACUGAUUGCCUAGUGGCAGACUGUGGAGGGACACCCAGAUGGACCUUUGUGAACUGCUAACAAUUCAUUCAUAAAUUCUAGAAGGAAUAAUGAAGGAUUGGAAGAUCAUGGUCUCAUAAAUAGAUGCUCCCAAAUUUAUAUUAGAUGAGGAAUGCAAGUUAACAUGUCAGGAGAGGUGACAGGUCUUUUUCAGCUGCAGGGAGGAAAAAAAAUUAUCUAAUUUAUUAGUUAACACACUAAAGUAGCCCUUCUACACAUGCUAACCAUCAAGGAGGUUGGGGGCUGCUAGACACCUUUGAUGCCACCUUCAAAUGAAGUCUGUCACCGCUAUUGACCCCACCACAAAGGUGACAAUGAAACUAGUUUAGACACACCCAUCUUGUAGCUUUCAUUCACUCAUGAACUGUAUGGUAAUUAGCUGCCAAAUGUCAGCAGGGUGCUACUAAUCCGGAGUUCUGCUGCUCUUUCACCAGUAAACCAUCCAAAAGUGACGGUCCCAGCUUUCCUCUGUGUCAUAGGACAUGCUUUCCAAAGAGAAGGGCCGAGCAGUCACUCGAGAGCUGAGGCUUGGAAGAGUUUACUGACAAAAGCGCAGGACACUUCAGCGGACAAGGAACACCCAGUGGACACUUGCCAGCUAUUAUAUGGCAUGUGAGUUCAUAAAACCUAUUUUUCUGGGUUAGGCCGGCAUUGUGAACAUCAACAUCUAAACGUUUAAUCGUUCCUAGCAGUGGCAGCAGUUUCUGGACAGUGGUCCGUGCCUCCCUUUCAUAGAGUAGCACUGAAACUAAACUGAUUUAGGUUUCCAAUGUUUUUUGGGGGUACUAUGUCUCCUUAUGGAGAGUGCCUUGGUCGGAGUGAGGAGACUUA